GUAGUGAUAGCUUGAGUUUGAGUGUAACAAAACUUAGCUCCUCGUGGAUUUGUCGUAAUUCACACAUAACCAAAGAUUUCAGUGACAAUCACCCACAAAUAACGGCCAAAACACUUUCAUUCAGAGCUUAUCAAUGCCUUUGAAUCAAUAAUGUCUUUGAAGGGUGUGCAACAUUUGUACGGCCACACUUAAUCUUGUGUAUUUCUAAGUCUUCUAACCCUUUCUACUUAUGCCUCUACUUUAGCUCUUCUAAAGGAUUCUAUUUAUGGUUAAAACUAAACCCUUUGAUUUAUCAGACAAAAAAUGGAGGAGAAAAAUGAGAUUGAUAAUAAUAAUAGUAAUAAGGUUGAUGAUGUUAUAAUGCCUGGGUUUAGGUUUCAUCCUACUGAUGAGGAACUUGUUGGGUUUUACCUUAAAAGGAAGAUUCUUCAACAAAAUUUACCUAUUGAGCUUAUUAAGCAAGUUGAUAUCUACAAAUAUGACCCUUGGGAUCUUCCUAAAUUGGCAUCAACUGGAGAGAAAGAAUGGUAUUUCUACUGUCCAAGAGAUAGGAAGUACAGAAACAGCACAAGGCCUAAUAGGGUAACAUGUGCUGGUUUCUGGAAGGCAACUGGAACUGACAGGCCAAUAUAUUCCUCAGAUGGUGCAAAGUGCAUUGGACUUAAGAAGUCUCUUGUGUUUUAUAGAGGAAGAGCUGCUAAAGGAAUCAAAACUGAUUGGAUGAUGCAUGAGUUUCGUUUACCUUCACUUUCUGAUAAUGCUCCUCCUCCUAAGAAGUUUUAUGAUAAAAGUUUUCCUGCCAGUGAUUCAUGGGCAAUAUGUAGAAUAUUCAAGAAGACAAACAGUACAGCACAAAGAGCUCUAUCCCAUUCAUGGGUAUCACCACCAUUACCAGAAACAGCAACAGUAAGUGACAUACUUAACCAAGGCUCAAAUCUGAUUGGUUCUCAUUUCAGUUCAGAGAACAUAUCAUGCACAUCAGAAGUAGCAAAGUCUUCCAUUCAAGUCUGCAACAACAAUCAUGACCUACAAAAUCCCAUUUCCUCUCCUCUUAGUUUCUCCACCCUUGAUCACUACAAACCCAUCUCCGAUCCAACGGUCUCUAAACUGUCUGUCAUCCCAACAUCCUUCACAGACCUCCCAAACAACAUACUGUUUCCAACAGAAGUCUCUGCCAUGCUCCUGAAUCUCUCUCCUGCUUUCACUACUGAUGCUGCUAAACUGACAGACACUAUAGACUUCGGUAGGUCACAGCAGCAGUUCAAUGGUCUUCAUUUGAGUUUAUCACAGAAUUUGAUCGAAGAUGAUCCAUUCGGGUUUAGACUGAGCCAAAAUCAACAGUGCAAUGGUCUAAGAUCAAUGGGUUUACCUUUCAGUUCACCUUCGUGUGUGACAAACUCGGGUACUUUGUCAUGGGACUCGGCUCCGUGUCCUAGUGAGUUGUCCACAAGUUAUUCCUCUAACAGGUUUUAUAGCUAGACAGUAGACAGUAAAGCAGUAAGAGAUUUCAGUGUAGGAAAUCUAGUUAGCUUGAUAACUUCCAUUAGGUGGUUAAGUUAGAUCAGCUGUAGGAGAAACUAUACUUUAGAGUGCAGUUUUAGGUACU